AUGCCGAAACCCUCAUACAUCAAAGCUGAAGAAUUACGAGACAUAAUUAAAGAUAAAGCCAAGAUUCCAAGAAAAGAUUACUUGGUUGUUGAUGUUCGAGAUGAAGAUUAUCAGGGAGGAAAUAUACCAAACUGUGUCAACAGACCAUCUGAUAAUUUUACAGAUAGCCUCGACGCCUUGAUAUCUGAAUACAGUCAAGUUCCUAAAGUUAUAUUCACGUGCAGACAAUCGCAGCAGCGAGGUCCAUCGUGUGCAAUUGCCUACGCCAACAAAGUAAAUACCGACCAAAAUAUUCACGUUUUGAAAGGUGGAAUGGGUGGAUGGAUGCAAAAAUACAAGGAUGAUUCAGAAUUAGUCGAAAAUUAUACAGAAGAAGAAAAGUGGGAUUUUUAA